AUGAAGUUACUCGCUCUCUCGUUAGCUAUGGUGGCAUUUGCGGCCUCGAAGACGGUUCCUUUGCACCCUCCGACUGCUGACAGUCUUAUCAGUCAAGCUUUGGCCGCGCUUGGCGGCGAGAAGGCAAUUGCUGGGAUCGAAGGAAUCACCUAUCACUCUCCAAAUCUUAUGCAGAGCUACAACUUGUACAAAGCAGACACGGCUGUCGCGAUAUCCGGCUCCCAGAAUGUAUCCUUCAGCUAUGCCUCGGAUCAGUUGAUUCAGCGAAUCGACCGUACCUUCAAGCCCAGUGAAUACUGGUAUUGGACAUCUGCGAGACUCGAUGAGUUUGACUACUCUCUUGUUGUUCACGGCGGCAAAGAUGGAUUUGCUUGCUACGUUCAUGGAAACAAUCAGAUCUGGCUUCCUGCAAAUCUAACAUCCGGAUACGUCGAUGCUGCCCUUGCAGAAUUUCUCGUCCGGCAAGGAAAUGUCUUUUCGCCAAAACUCUUAUUAGAGAUGAAAGCUCAUCAAGGUGUCAAGGCUAUUGAGAUUUUCAUCAAUGGAAUCAAAACACCAGCUGUCUAUGACCCUGUUCUCGAAAUCACUAUCAUCUUCGAUGUUUCUAGUCAUCUUCUUCACAUAAUUCGCACAGAAGAAAACCACAUGAUCUAUGGACCUUCUACAAAUGACCUUUACCUUUCUCAAUACAAAGCCAUCGAGGGCAUCAAAUUUCCUCACACGUUCCAGACCGUCUAUAACUCAACUACACAGAAACUAGAUGCAACACUCGAGGAGGUCAUUGUCGAGGAAAUCACUAUUAAUCCCAGGUUUCCCAAAGACUGCUUCAAUGGCUUAUCGGAGGGGAACGGAUUCUUCCCCAAAGAGGCGCCAAAGAAGACUGAGGGUCUCAGUCAUGCGCACAUUCUCGAAUUCAGUAGCAAUAUGCUCUGGUCUGGUCCUGGGUCCGGCAUCAGCAACAACUCGGUCGACAGUAUCAAGCACAAAAACAUCCCCGGUUUACCCAACGCUCAUUGGAUUAUCGUCAAUGACGACUUCUUAGGAGUUAAGCAGUUCGUGGUCGAGUUCGAAGACCGUGUUAUCGUUGGCGAUGCACCUCGCCAGUGGACCAAGCAAGUGAUCGAAUGGAUCGACAAGAACAUUGCCAAGCCUACCAAAUACCUUUGGCCUACUCACCAUGACCAAGAUCACAGCGGAGGAGCUGCUGAGUAUGUUAAAAUCGGGGCCAAGUUGAUCGUCCCGGAAAUCGCAGCGAGCUACUGGUCCAGCAUUCCCGGUGCCGAGCUCAUCACCUUCAAUGAAACGUACCCCUACAUACACAGCGAUAGCAAGCACCAAGCCUGGUUCAUCUGCGAAGACCAAGCCACCCACUCUGUCGACUGGUCAUAUGCAUUUGUCACUGACAAGUGCCCUACAAAUAAGUCAGGCAUUGCGGUCAUUGAGGCAGACGCGUGGCACCCUGGCAUGCCUGAUGCCAACAAUGACAGGUGGGAAAUGCGAGAGUGGCUCGGUCAGCUUGAUAAAGAUGGUCUGCCCGAGAGCGCCUACGUCAUUCCAACCCAUGGCCAGAUCAGUCAAGUCUCGGAAUUCAUUGAGCAUACUAACUAUGUAUACCCCCCAAAGACUAUUGGUGACUGGAAAAAUGGAGGAGCACUGUGCAAGGUGUGA